AUGAAAAUCGACCGCUUCGACCAUCGCAUCCUGCAGCAGCUGCAAUCCAAUGCGGAUAUUGCGAUCUCCGAACUGGCAGAACAAAUCGGCUUAUCCACAAAUGCCUGCUGGCGGCGUAUUAAACGCCUGGAGGAACUGGGUGUAAUUCGAGGACGCGUUGCGCUGCUGGACGAACGUGCGCUGGGGUUACGCCUGACCGUGUUUGUAGCCAUUAAAACAAGUGAACACAACGAUAGCUGGCUGGAGAAAUUUUCGGACGGGGUGAAAAACAUUCCCGAGGUGAUUGAGUUUUAUCGCAUGAGUGGCGAAACCGAUUACCUGUUGAAAAUAGUUGCGCGGGACAUCGACGACUAUGAUCGAGUUUACAAAAAGCUCAUCUCAGUGGCGCCACUGCAUGACGUUUCCUCGUCCUUUGCCAUGGAGAGGAUCAAAUCUUCCACUGCCCUGCCCUUACAGCACCUGUCAGGUUAG